AUGACGUUCACCAUCUUCGUUUCUAUCUCUCUCCUCGCCCUCGUCGUCACUGCAAGACCCUACCCUCUCGCGGAUCCGGAGCAUGGCGAUGGAAGCAAUACCACGCAAUUGAACGCUGACGGCCGAAAGGCAAAUGCCAUUACGACCAGGACCCUGCGGGAUGCGGUACAGGCCGUCUUUAAGAGCCGGGCAGGCUAUCCCCUACCGGGACUGCCGUCUUCUCUUUCAGACACCGACAUCCGCGUCCAUCUCACGUCGCCGUCCGUUCUAACCUCCCACCUCGCAGCCCUCGAGGGUCUCGAUGCCGUCAAAGCCGUCCUCCCAUUGCCCUUCUCCGCUCUCGGUGCAGACGCCGGGCACGGUAUCGGGGCAGAUGGCGCAGAGCUGAGCGAGCUCACGGACGAGGAGAAGCAGCUCUACGAGCUCCUUCGCAACUCUCCCCCGAACGGCAGCCUGGAGGAUAUCGACGGUGGCGUACGACCAGUGCCCGAGCUCGCGCACCUACAGACGUCAGACACGUCGCCGUCCGAGCACUCACUUGCAGCCACUGCCGACGCCGAUGACGAGUCAUCUGUGACCGACGCGUCGACUGGCAGCUCCACGCCUCCCACAUCCUCACCCGCAUCGCCCGCCCUUCUCGUAUUGGCGGUCUCUGCUGUCGCCUCUCUCCUCGUCGUCAUAGGCCUCUCGCUGUCGAUCUACACCGUCUCGUACUUCCGCAGACACGUCCUCCGGAGCAACAUUGCUUGGGACGCCGUCCCUCGGAUCGAGAAAGGUGCGCCAACUGAUGCCCAGGACGGCGACGCUGGAGGGGAUUCCGGCGAGGGAGGAGAGGUAGAUGCUACCUGUGAGGAGGUUGUCGUAGAGAAGCCUCAAGACCUCAUCGAUUUCGAGGGUCCGAUUGCCACUGCUCCGCGCUCCGAAGACGACGUGACGCCACCACCGGAGUACAGCGAGAAGAAUGGGAUCAUCGAGCUCGACGGCGACGAGGUACGUGCCGCCGGCGCCGGGGACUCUGAUCUGAACGAGAAGUCUGCGUUCUACGACGCGACCGACUCCCCGCUGCUCUUUGUGCACGAACCCCUCCCGUCUCCUCAUCCCGACCCCGAUUUCCUGCCUCUCCCAUCCGACACUUCAACCCCCACCACGAGUCCCUACGCUACGCCUCGCACUGCUUCGCCCGCGCUGCGCGUCGAGCCACUCGCCGUCCCGCCAUCCCUCAAGCGCCUGCCCUCGCAGACGCAGAUGCGUGAGCGCGAGGGCGAGGCCACCACGCCCGUCUCGAAGCCUGCGUGGUCUGUGCGCGCCGCCUCGUCGCCCGCACUGGGUCUCCCCGCCUCGUCUACGCUCACCCCGACGACGUCCCCGCUUCCGUUCUCCUCGCCUGCCCGUGCGUACAACCACACUCGCACGCCGUCCCCGCCGACGACCAUGCCCGGGGCGCUCUUCUCCGAGCCCGAGGCCGACGCGCAGGAGAUGGCCGAGGUGGAGCGACCGGCGCGUGCGCGUGCGUAUCGUGCACCGAUGCCAGAGCUCGACAUCGCAUUCGCGCUGCAGCUCCGACCCGGACUCGGCUUGGGCGCGGAGGGCGCGUGGUUGGUUCGGUUCUUGAUGGCGAUGUUCGGUUGGCUCGGGGUCGUCGUCGGCGGCGGGAACCCGGGGCAGACGGAGGGGCGGAGGGCGUUGAUGGCGUGA